AUGGGCGACAUCAAAGAAACCCCCGAGUUCGAUAUUCCGAAGGAGUGUAUUGCUGGGGUCGUGGUUAACGAAGGACCUGACUUUCAUAUUGAAGUAAGGAACGUACCCGUGCCGGACAUUGGCCCAGAAGAUGUUCUUAUAAAACUGAACGCGACUGGGCUAUGCAUGUCCGAUGUCCACUUCAUGCUCAAUGACUGGAACACCCCGUUGAUGUCGAGCUUUGGGACCCAGUGCGCUGGGCAUGAAGGAGCCGGAGUAAUCGUGAAGGUCGGCGAACGAGUCAAGAACCUGAAGGUUGGCCAGCGGGCGGGGUACAAGCCCAUUCAAGACAUUUGCCAUACAUGCUCGGAGUGCCAAGAUGGCAGAGAGACAUACUGUUUGAAUGCAGUUCUCACAGGCCUACACAUUGACGGGUCUUACAAGCAAUACGUAAAAUCACCCGAGAGGUAUACGGCCAUUAUCCCAGAUGGGGUUGAUGAUUAUGUCGCUGGACCCAUCAUGUGUUCUGCGUCAACGAUAUAUACUGCGUUGAAGGAGUCUGGCUUACGGCCUGGACAGUGGGCUUGCUUCCCAGGAGGAGGUGGAGGCGUAGGGAUUCAAGGCGUCCAACUUGCGGCCGCAAUGGGUUUGCGCCCGAUUGUUGUGGAUACAGGAGACGAAAGACAGAAGUUGGCAAAAGAAUUGGGCGCGGAAGAAUUUAUCGAUUUCAAAGAGGUGGAGAAUCCACCAGCGAAAGUGAUGGAAAUUACUGGUGGUGGUGCGCACGGCGCUUUUAUUACGGCUAUUCAGUCAUAUCCCAUAGCCCUCGACUAUCUGGGACUUAGAGCUGGGGGUGUUGUGAUGUGCAUCGGAUUACCGACGAAGGACAAGUUUCACAUGGAUAUCGACCCGACACGCCUCUGCUUCCGGAACCAGUCCAUUAAAGGGACGCUGGUUAGUGGCCUGGCAGAUAUCGCUGCUACAUUGGACUUUGCACAGAGAGGAAAACUCCACCUCAAACCGACUGUGGUUGGGGUUUCAAAAUUCGACGAGUCGAUUCAGAAACUCAGGAAUGGCCAAGUUGCUGGGCGCAUCGUUGUGGACUUCAACUUGCCUUGA